UCGUGGUUUUGCCAUCCCAUCUCCAAUUUGAUGAACAUAUUUUUCGACGACUGCGAUUGCAACGCACUGCCAAAGAGAAAGAGACAUGACUGAUCCUAGCAAGCUCGCCGUCGCCGUAGUCUGUUCCUCGAACAUGAAUCGCUCAAUGGAGGCGCACAACUUUCUGGCCAAGAAGGGUUUCAAUGUGCGCUCCUACGGCACCGGCGAGCGCGUCAAGCUACCGGGCAUGGCGUUCGACAAGCCGAAUGUUUACGAGUUUGGCACCAAAUACGAGGACAUCUACCGCGACCUGGAGUCCAAGGACAAGGAGUUCUACACACAGAACGGCCUGCUACACAUGCUCGACCGCAAUCGUCGCAUAAAGAAGUGCCCGGAACGGUUUCAGGACACCAAAGAGCAGUUCGACAUCAUCGUCACUGUGGAAGAGCGCGUCUACGACCUGGUGGUGAUGCACAUGGAGUCCAUGGAAUCCGUGGACAACCGACCCGUGCACGUUCUCAACGUGGAUGUGGUGGACAACGCUGAAGAUGCGCUAAUGGGCGCCUUUGUCAUCACAGACAUGAUAAACAUGAUGGCCAAGUCCACGGACCUGGACAACGACAUCGACGAAUUGAUCCAGGAGUUCGAGGAGCGCCGCAAGCGGGUCAUCCUGCACUCGGUGCUCUUCUACUGACGACCGACGUCUGCUAACAGUUCGUGUCCAGCUCCAGCACCAACACCAGACUCCCGUAGCCCCGACGCGCUCCAGCCGAGUCACUCGAUCUUGUACCCCAGGGGCUGCGAUCGCAGAGCAUAGGACGUCGGGCAUUGCGCGCAGCGCGUGCGGAUCCUGGGUUCCGGAUUGGUAGCCUAGCAUAUAAGAAUACUGUAAAUAGAGAGGGGCCAUCGCUGCAGCGAAAGCACAUCCAACAACGACCAGCACCCACACACUCGCAUACUCCAAACACCUGAUUCGUAAUCCACAUCAACACCACACAUGCAAGCAACUGGCUAAUGAAUUGGAAUAUAACACACAACCAAUGACGACCAUUUCCACACGGCUGCCCCCCAAAACCCCUGUAGUAGUAUGUGUACGUGUCCGUAUUCCUUGUAAUUUCGCCCGUCGACUGGGGGUCUUAUCACAGGCUCUCGCUUCCCUCAGCUGGCGAAGGCGCCGACCAUCUGACUCCGACCCGUUCUCCCGUUCGGCCGCUCUGCCGCUCUCUUCGCCCGGCUUUGAGUCCGAUUCGGACUCAGAUUCGGAUUCGAUUCACAUAAAGUGAAAUCUCGCAUCGUGAUUGUGUGAAUGAGCAUGCACGCCAGAGAGCCACACAGGGGCGGAACGGUCUGGGCCCUCGCGGGCAGGGGCCGCGUUUUUUAAUUUUACACAGUUUUACCAAUUGUUCAGACAGGGCAAACCCGACCGACCUUGGUUGGGGCUGUGCGUUUUAAACCAAAGGCAAAGGCCCGCAACGGGCGCUAGCUUGCAAUAGAAAAUAAACAACAGGGGAGUUGUGUUCACUAAGGAUUGGAAUAAAAGUGCACGCCAAUUUAUGCCGGUUUCUUGUUGACGGCCUGUGUCACAUUUACCCUGCGACCUCAAACCUGCCUAGGUCUUCUCUUCGACGGAAAUACCAUUGAUUACGUCUCAUCCCACUGCUACCUCGGAGUUCACCUUGAUCGGACGCUGAGUUGGAAAGCCCUUAUCACGGCUCCUGGAAACUGAAAAAGCUGGACUGGGUUUUCCACUCAAGCAAACUCCAUAUGGCAACUAAGGCUCUCUUAAUAAAAGCCAUAUCCAAGUGUGGGGAACAGAGUAUUAGAGUAAGACAAUCGGGAGCGGCACGACAUGCAUCUGGGCUACAUGUGGUAUGUGAGCAAUAGAGUUAUUGAAGGGGACUUAAAAGGUGUCCCAUUGGGGUACCAAAUAAACUUCCAUAGCAGCCGAUAUGCCGACAGACUUAGCGCCCACUUAAACACGUUAGCGAAUGAUCUUGUCGACCCUAUUUCCCUCCGAUGUCUGAAGAGAAUACAUCCCCAUGAACUCCUUACACGUAAUAUAGCAUAAUCUCUCCUCGGUACAUUUGUAUACACUAUAAUUAAGGAACAGAAUCCAUAAUAUCUUUUAAGCUACACAUUAGGUUAACUUCAGAAGGAACUGAUCGAUUCCUACUGACUAAUGAAUAAUAAUAAAUGAUUUAAACUCU